AGGCCUCGCAUCACUAUAAGCAUACAAGCUCCCAAUGAGUCCACGGACUCGGAUCUCUUGACACUCGACCUGCCGCUAGAGCUGACCGUGGCGGACCUGAAAGCCUCCGUUCAGGCCGAGACCAACUUCCCCGCAUCAUCGCAGCAGUUCUUCCAUAAUGGACAGACGUUGAGUCCGGAUACGAAGACCCUCGAACAGGCCGGGAUCAAAGAUGGCGAGAUGCUCGCAAUGCUCGUAAGCGGGCCGGAGACCGCGACGAACCAGGCACAGCGGCAGCAAAGAGUAGGAGGUGGACAAAUGGGGCAAGUAGGACGUCGACGAAGAGAACCGGCAGCGCACGAGAUUGAGAGGCAACGGUUAGGGCUCUUGGCAAAUCCCACGCAAUUGGCGCAGAUCCGCGAGGCGAGACCCGACCUUGUCAACGCGAUCAACGACCCGGUCCAAUUCCGAGAUAUGUGGUUACAGAUGGCGGGAGAGGAGGAAGAGCGAGAAAGGGAGCGCCAGGCGCAACUUCAGCUUCUCAAUGAGGAUCCGUUCAACAUUGACGCGCAGAUGAAGAUCGAGGAGAUCAUCCGACAGGAGCGAGUGAUUGAGAACUUACAACAUGCCUACGAACAUAACCCUGAAGGUAACCUACUUCCUAUUAUCCAUCUAUGCUUCGUUUCGACCAACUAA